AUGUUCGCCAGAAAACGCGCAGAGACUGUGAACAGCACAGCGGCAGAGCCAUUCGCACCCUUGGUCGUCAGCACCACUGGAAAAUGGAGAGGAAAUGACGGAUCAUGGUCAACCUUCUACAUCAACGUUGGAGACGGGGACAAUAACGGUAGUGGCCAAAACUUUGAAAUACUGCCUUCUACACACUUCGGUGUAACCGUUCUACCUUAUCCAUCUAGCUGGUGCUCUACUGAUUGCGCUGAGAAUCGCGGCAUAGGCACUGUCAACGGAAAUCAGACAAAUGGCCUGGACACAGAUGAUACCACGACAUGGAAGACGCGGGGCACCUACGAUCUAGAUCUGCCAUACUGGUGGCAGGGUAACAACACGGCCGGAGCCGGACCAGCAGGCUAUUAUGGACUCGAUUAUGUAGGAAUUGGUCCGGCUUCGAGUAAGAGUUAUAAAGCGCCACAGAUGUAUGUUGCGGCUACCACGUCUAAGGACUUUUACAUCGGACAAUUCGGCCUGGGACCCGGCGCUUCCAAUCUAGGGGGCGGUACUGGUACUCCUGUUGACUCGAUAAUUACAUUCUUAAAGCAGCACAGGAUCAUUCCAAGUGUCUCUUACGGGUACACUGCGGGCGCCAAGUACAGUAACGUCGGCAAUGGAAUCCUUGGAAGCUUUGUCCUUGGUGGCUACGAUGAGUCCCGAAUCAACAUGGACAAUCGCGUCACUAUCUCAAUGCUCGGCGAUAAGAAUACUUCCUUGGUAGUCGCAGUGCAAAGCAUAUCCUAUAAGCCAGACGUUCACGUCGAACAAAAUGUCGAGGGCAUCACCAGUACGAAUGGCAAAGGUUUCCGUGCGACAAUCGACUCGACAUUUCCGUAUCUGUGGCUUCCUCACGACAUCUGCGAUAAGUUCGCCGAAAAGUUCCAUUUGAGGUACGAUAACGCAACAAACUUCUAUUAUGUUGAGAACGCUUCCGGCGCGCAGAACAACGACCAGCAAAACGCCGAGGUGACUUUCAACAUUGGCAGCGACCCGUCUGGCAGUGAUGCCAAUUUUGCAUCCAUCCGCCUACCCUACUCGGCCUUCGAGCUGGAACAAUUCAACCCAGGAAAUCGAGACAACACCAUCAAAUAUUUUCCGAUCAGAAAUUCAACGAACGGAAUGUUUGUCCUCGGUCGGACCUUUCUUCAAGAGGCUUACAUCGUGACUGACUACGGACGCCGUAACUUCACUGUCGCGCAGGUCCCUGCUCUAGAUUCAUUGCCCGAAGCCAAGAUAGUUCCUAUAUACGACCGAGAUUACGUCCCACCUAGCCCAACUCCCAUACCGACUGGAGGGGGUAGUAAGGGGCUCUCUGGUGGCGCCAUUGCGGGUAUUGUCAUCGGCGUUCUGGCCGUGGCUCUCGGGGUCGCGUUUGGCAUCUUCAUCUGGUGGAAGAAACGCAGGGCGCGCAAGAAUACACCACCAACGUACAAAGAAGCCACCGAAAUCGACACCUCGGCCGCCGGCAACGAAGUGAAGCACCGCCGCAUCUCGGAGCUCGACACACAGGUUCCAGGCGCGCCAAAGUCACCUCUCGGAGGCUUCUAUGGCGAAGGCACCGAGCGCAAGGACCUCAGUCCCUUCCCGCCGAUCAGCGAGAUGGACAGUCCUCCCGCAGAACUUUACAGCCCGCCGGCAGUCGCAGCUACACCUCAUAGCGAAGGUAGCGGCCCCGACUACUUCACGGCGGGCGCCAAGUUGGGUCGCCGCGGCGCAACACGCGAAUCCUCGGCGGCGAACACACCCGGGACGCCACCGCCUUUCACCCCGAUAGCAGAACUCCCCGCCGGCGAUGUGUCUCCCAUCCCCAGCGCGAAGGGGACCCCCAAGCUCGCGAGCGGCUCCCUUUCCAAGCGCGACCCCAGCGCGACGCGCUCGCAGAGCAACAUUGAUGAAGUCAUGAAGCGCGAGCCUUCGCCUGUGCCACCGCCCGAGGACGUGCCCACCUCCGAAGGGGCAGACAAGAAGGAGGGAGACGCAGUGGCAGAAGGCGAGCGCCGCCCGUCGCACACGCGUGGGGCGAGCGAUGCGACCGUGCAGAGCGACACUACCGUCGUGUCGCAGCCAACGCCCGAGGAGCUGGAGUCGUGGCGGCACGCGGAUGACGAGCACCCUCGUCGGCCGCUGUCUGAGUAG